GGCGGCGGCCCCAGGCGUCACGUACGGAGGCGUGUACGUUGCCGUGGCGGUGCAGACGUUGGGCUUCAACGCGGACGCCUCCCGCGACCUGGUCACGCGGCUGGGAGGUGGUGAGGACACCACUUUGGCAGACCUGUUUUCCGUCCCCGAGGCCGACCUGAAGACCGCCUUGGCAGCCACGACGGGGUCAGGCGGCCAACCGCUCACGGGGAUUGAGCGCGGCCGCUUUGCGCGGCAGCUGGGUGAGCUCGGGGCAUUGGGUGGCUUCGACCUUCCGCAGCUGGGCAUCUCCACGCCGCAGCGCCCGGCACCGGCAAGGGAGGAACCGCCAGCGGCGGCGGGGGUCCGCGGCCGGGAGUUCAGCACCGUGAUCAUACAGGGGGACCGGCGGGAGUACCGCAUGCUUGAUAAGGCCAAGCUCAAGGAGAUCGACGAGACGUUCGAGGCCACCAACGGCGGCCCCACGGCAGACUACGAAGACACGUCACCGGAGCAGAUCUCUGCUUUGGCUUUCUUGCUGGCGCAGGACGAGGCCCCCUACACCGACUUUGGCAUCUGGGGCCCGUUCGGGAAGCGGACCGCCAGGUUCCUCAGCUUCCGCGCCCACGUCUUCGUCGCUGGCGACUGGGUGACCAAGGUCGUGCAGGGCCCGCCAAACUUCGCGGGAUGGCGCCGCGGCUGGAGGGUCUUCCGCACGGCUGCCCUGAAGCUCGGCCUCAGCGUGACCGGCCCGCUCGAUGCCUACGAAGAGGGCGCGCGGACCGUCUCGGCCUCGUUCCCGGACAAGUGUGGGCUGAUCUGCGUGGUUGAGGACCACAUGCGGUCAGAGCGCUGGGAACGCGUGCGGGUCCUCAUCGAGCGAUGCGUCUCCGCGGGGACCCUGAAGCAGCGCUGGGACCCCAACAG